CUCGCUUAUUGGCUGCCUGGAAUGUCAAUCAUUGUUACUCGUUCCCGUUGUCUCUUCAUCAUGAAAUGCGGUAUGUAGGUUACCCGUCUUAAAACCUAAAUCUGAUGACCAGUGUUAGAAACUGAACGAAGCUGGAAUGGCGCCGACAACGGAGUCCAGGCUGAAUGUUGACUCUCUGAGUAAGAAAGAUGUGCUGCUGCUCUUCAGUGUUCUGGAGGGAGAACUGGAGGCCCGAGACCUCGUCAUCCAGGCACUCAGGGCCCAGCGCAGGGAAACAUAUGUGUGGGAGCGCUAUGGGAAGUAUGAUCUGAGCGAUCCCUUCCUGGCCCUGCAGAGAGACAACGAGGCUCUUCGGAGCUCUGCCCAGGGGAGAGGAAAUGGCACAAGUUGUUCACAGAGACGAGAGACAGACAUCAAACGCUCAGAUCCACUGACCAUGCUCAGGCUGGUGGUAGGGCAAUGCAGGAGAAUGCAGGAGAAGAUGCUGAAGCAGCUUGCAGCUGCCGAGAGCAGACACAGAAGGGUCAUUGCUGAUUUGGAGGAGGAGAAGAGGAGGCAUGCUGAGGAUACAGCUGAGGGAGAUGAUGUCACAUGCAUUUUAGAGAAGGAACGAGAGCGCCUCCUACAGCAGUUGGAGUUUGAAAAGUCAAAGUUCUCCCGCAUGGAGAAAGAAAACAAGCGAUUACAAGCUCAGCUGGAGGAUGAGCGUGUACAACACAAGCAGCUUAUGGGUGCUCUGGGCCGCGAGUGCAAACGCUCAAGUGUGCGUGCCCAUGAGGAGGGACAGCGCGCCAAUGAACUUAGUCGCCGCCUGGAACGGCAACGUGCCACCAAUCAAACCCUGAAGGCUGAGCUUGAAGAUGAGAAGAAGUGUGCCAUGCAGAUGGAGGCAAGGAGGGAAGAGCUGCUGGCUGAGUUUGAUACAGAAAGGGAGCAGCUGAGUCUGCGGCUGAGACGGGAAGAGGCGUGCAGCAGUGCUCUACAAGAAGAGUUAGAGAGGCUGAGGAGAGAGAUACGACAGCUCAGGGGGGAGGUGGACAAUGAGGAGCAUAGAAAUGAGUUUGGGGAGAUGAGAAAUGGUUCAGUGGAGUGUGGAACAGAAAAAUCAGACAUGAUCCAGCUGAAAAUGAAUGGUCAUCAAACACCAGUAGAGGAAAGAGGGAGUGGCUUAAGUCAUGAAAAUGGAGAAGAAAAUGGAGCUUUUCUUUCCAUCCUAAGCCCUGACCAUAAUGAACUGACUAAUGGGAAUAUGUCCUCCACUAAUCUAAAUAAUGAGAGUCUCUCAACCUGUGGCACAGGCUGCUCUCCAGAGACAAGCUCUAGCCUACAGGCUGCCUACCAGGCUGGGAUCCAGCAGCGUUUCCAUGCGGCGCGUCACAAAUUUCAGUCCGUUGCUGAGCAAGACCCCCAAAUGGGCUCAUCGGUCCCUCAUUCCCCUCGUGAUCUUUCACCCUGCGCCACCAUGGAUCCUCUAACAGAAUGCAGCAACUCCAAACAGACAGGCCGCACCACAGUGACUCAGGCUCUUAGCCGCUUUAGCACCAAAACAGCGACAACACCUAACAGCUCACCUUUUGGCACAGACUACCGUGCCGUGGCCCCAUCUGGAGCACUGUCUCCUGGAAUUCGCUCACCUACAAUCUCCAGGGUUGAUAGAGGGAUCCCUCCACCCAUUCCCCCUAAAAAACCCGGUCUGGCUGAGACCCCACCCUCCCCGGCUACCCUCCGAGCUGCCCACAUGGCUCAAAUAUUAGCCGGGUGUGGCCGUAAAAGCACAGAAAACAGCAAAGAACCAGACCUGCUGUUGUCUUCCAGGAGCUAACAAGCACAUCAAAGUCAACUAGCCAUGGGUUCUGUAGUGGCUUCUGUUUUUGUUUUUUGUUUUUUAAAAUUAAUUCAGAUCUAUUGCUGCCACAUCACCAUGUUUUUGCCCGCUAUAGUAAUACCAUUAAUCACAGACUUUAUUAUAUGAAGCCAUAUCAUAUCAUUUAAACGCUUAGUAAAGAAUAACACACAACAGGGCAUGCUUUUAUUGGAAAGUAAUAAUGCAUGGCUGGUGUGACACCUGGAUUCCACCCUGAACUGGUUUGUUUUUGUAUCAUGGCCUGAAGAGUGUUCUUCCACUUCAAUUUGCCAGCAGUGGCAGGUUUUAUUUAUUAACGAAAGCUUUAAAACCGUUUAUAGUUACAUUUAGUGGUCUGGAACGUCUGUGAGUUCCUGUUAUCACUUGUCAUAUUAUAACGGCUAUAAACAGUCAUUAGCUCUCUAGCCUCUCUUUUUUUUUCCUUACUCAUGAACUUAAUAAUACAAAAAACGCAGCUUGAUAUGUUAGAAAGAAACUGGAAAGUAUUAAGGCCUCUGUCCUGAAGACUUUCACAAAGACUUUUACAAGACCCUGAAUAACUAUUUCCAAAUAUUGACACUCCAGAUGAGUUCUGUAAAUGAAACAUAAAUGUCAGAAACAGAAAACUUCACCAUCUCAUCAAGUAUAGUUUAAUCAUUGAGAAUCCACCAUAUAAUUCACAUUGAAUGAGCUGUUUCUAAAGAAAGAAUACCGGAUUAGCUCAAGCGCAUUAGUAUCGAUCAUCAGUAUAAAAUCAUAGUUUAUGUUACAGCUGGAACUACUGUCAGAAAAGAAAACUUUUAUAGAAAAAAUUAUUCUCCAAAUAUCAAAGAUUUGUUUUCAAGGUUUUCUUUUGGCUCAUUGGUCUGUCUAAUGAGACCAUCUAAUGUCUGUGUAAGUACAGAAGUUUUGAAGCAGUACAUGUGAACAAAAAAUGAAGAGGCGAUUAUCUCAAAACAAAAUAAAUAUUGCUCACACAUAUUUGCUCACCACAUUACAACUGCUGAGCAUGGUGUGGGUAAUUGUGUGUUAAUUAUAAAAGAAGACACUAAGGGUUUAUUUUUCAUUCAGUCAAAGGUAAGUUAUAUACAGUUACCAAUUACUGUUGUUCUUUUCAUAACAUUUCGUGUGUUCAGUAUAUGCUUAUGUAUUGUAUGUAUGGUUCUCUUUGAGUAGCCAGGUUUUCAUAAGUUCUUAUACUACGGAUGCAUAGCACAAGGUUUUUUUUCCGUCAUCUAUUUGUAUCUGUGUCUGUUUUCUAGUUUAUACACUGUAAUGUAUGUUUGUGACAGUUUGUAUGCAGCAAGCAUGCUUUUAACAGCUUUUGUAAUUUGUGCAUAUGUAUAUAAAAUAUUCUUUACCAAUUAUUAACUUUUAGGUUCUGCUUUAAUGCUAUAACUGUGAGAAAUCACAUGAAGUAGCACAACCAAAAUAUUUGGAUGUUUAUGUAUGAGGUUUAUGGUUAUUAGCGUAUUAUUUUAUUUUAUAUGCUAUUAAUGAUGUUCUUCCUGUUGGUCAGUUACCCAGUUCAAUGUAUUCUUCAUAUCAGUGUUAUAUUAUAAUAUAAUGUACUAUAAUGUAGUACUAUAUGAUUUAGGAUCCUAUUCCUCUGCAUAUUAAAUACAUACACUUGGUCACGGCAUUAAAUACAUGUUGCUUGUAUUCUGAUUUUUUUUGGUUUGUUUCUCUUGAUGCAAACCACCAGGGGGAAGCAAGUGAUUAGCUCAUGGUAAAGAUCCUUACCCAUUUCCUGUUUUUUUUUUUUUUUUUUUUUUUUUUUGAGUCAGGUAUAACAUGCUAAUAUUUCAGUCUUUUAUCUAGGACAAAACCCAUUCAGGAAAAAAAAUAUAUAUAUUACUUAGGACAGUACUUUACACUUUAAGCUAGCACCACUAACUAUCCAAUACAGCUACUCCAGAACUAAGUGUGUAAAAAAUGUGUGAACUUGACAAGCAUCCAUGUGAAACUAACAGACUAGGAGCCUCUCCCUAAAUCCAUAAUCCCCUCGUUAUAUCUCUGUGUGUGUGGAUGUGUGACAUGGGAGACAGAGAGGCAAACAUGCAUGAAGUAUGUGCUGCUCUGUUACCCUGCUGUAGAGCUCUUACUAAUGAUCAAUUGUCUAUGAAGUUCCAGAGCAUUUAGUUUGAAAUUAAUCUGAACAACUUUUACAACCGAAUACCACAAAUGGAAAAUAUUUCCAUGAGAUAGAACUUUUAGAUGCAGCACUGUUCCUUAAUUUUAAUGUUCUGUUCAUGGCUAAAAGACCCAUUAUAUGUUUUUAUAUUAGAGUGGAACAGUACUAAAUCCAUGAAUUAAUUUUCCAACAGGAAACUUAAUGUACCUGGCUAAAUUUCUGGCUCACCCUACCCUAUUUACACCAAACGGCCAUAACAUUAAAACCACCUGUCUAAUAUUGUGUAGGUCCCCAUUGUGCUGCCAAAACACACUGACUGCCAGGACUCCACAAGACACAAUCUGAAGGCGUGCUGUUGUAUCUGACACCAAGACAGUUGCAAGUUGUGAGGUGUGCAGACUUGUUUGUCCAGCACAUCCCACAGAUGUGUGAUCAUAUUAACAUCUGGAGAAUUUGGAGGCCAAGUCAGCACCUUUAACACUUUGUCAUGUUCCUCAAUCCAUUCCCGAAUAUUUUUUGAAGUGUAGCAGGGUGCAUUUUUUCUACUGAAAGAGGCCACUGCUAUUACUGUUGGCACUGCUGGAGUGUACUUGAUCUGCAGCAAUGUUUAGGUAGGUUUUACAUGUCAAAAUAACAUAAAAGAAUGCCAGGACCUAAGGUUUCCUAGCAAAUUAUUGCUCCAUGAUUGCUCAUUGUAGCAACUGUACACAGGCAGUACACAGGGGUCAGCAUGGCAAUAACACAUACACAGCAAGCUGUGAUACACUGUGUGUUCCGACACCUUUCUUAUCAGAGCCAGCAUUAUCUCUUUUUUUUAGCAAUUUUUCAUGCAUUAGCUCUUCUGUGGGAUCGGACCAGAUGGGCUAACUUUCUCUCAACAUCAAGGUUGACUUGCUGCUUAAUAAAUCCCACUCUAUGACAGAUGCUAUUGUAAUGAUAUAAUCAAUGUUAUUCACCUGUCAGUGGUUUUAAUGAUAUGGCUGGUUGGUGUAAAGCCCAUCUGUGGAUUAAACAUUGAAUUGAUUAGUAUACUGUUAACUCCAGAUAAUGGGAAUUUAAACAGAAUUU